AUGGAGGAAGAUGACAAUACAUCGUGGCAAAAUGAGGAUAACGAAUCGACUUCUGUAACAUCGGUUUCUAUAGCAUAUCAUUCAGAAGAUUUUAUAUCAAAGCCCAGGCUUUCUGAAAAUGGAACCGUUCCAUUUAAUAUCUUGGAAUUUAUUCAUUCAUUUGGUUAUGAUUGUCGGAAGCGAUUUAAUCUCUGUGUGGCAGAUCCUAAUACUUUGAUUUUCGCUUCUGGUAAUUUAAUUCACUUCUUUAAUAUUGAAAAUAAUAUUAUAACGUUCAGACGAUGUUCUACUGGCGGCGGCAUUGGUGAUAUUACUAAAAAUUCAGUUUUCAAUCACAUUGCCAUUGGCGAAAAUGGAGUAAAUCCGCCUUUAAUUAUUUACGAAUGGCCCAGUAUGGAAAUUGUAACAGUUUUACAUAAAGGCACCACGUGUUCUUAUUCUACUAUAAGAUACAGUCCAGAUGGUUUGAGAUUAGUAUCGCAAGGAGGUGAUCCUGAUUACCUGAUUACUAUAUGGGACUGGCAGAGGUCUACAGUCGUACUUCAAUGCAAAUCCCAUGGUCAAGACGUUUUUAAUGUUGUUUUUUCGCACACGUUACACGGUCAUAUGACCACAUGCGGUUCUGGCCAUAUUAAGUGCUGGAAGAUGUCGGAAACGUUUACUGGACUUAAAUUACAAGGGGAACUUGGAAGAUUCGGCAAAACUGAAAUUUCGGACAUUGUUAGCGUCUAUCCAAUGCCGGAUGAAAAAAUUAUAUCGGGUUGUGAGUGGGGUAAUAUUUUAGUUUGGGCAGAAGGUUUGAUAAAGAUCGAGGUGAGCAGAAAAAAUAAGAAACCAUGCCACGACGGUUAUGUGUCGCAGUUUGAAUAUGUAAACGGGGAGCUCAUAUCAAUUGGCACCGACGGCCGCAUAUGUGUUUGGUACUAUGAGACAAUUGAUAUUGCAAUGCCAUCGGAGACCAGUAAUAUUCUCGAAAUCGAGCCAAUUUAUGAAUUUCAAAUUUCAAGCAAUGAAAAAAGUGAUUAUUUAAAUUCAGCUAUGCUUAUGCAGAUUUUGAAGCAAGACCAAAAUGACCCCGAUAAUGGUAUUUGGUACGCGCAGGACGGCUCUGGCGGCAUUUGGUUGUUGCAUCUACUGGAGGAUAUGCAUCAAUUAAAAUAUGCUAAACAGCUGUUUUAUUGCCACGCGGACUCAGUUUUAGACAUGGACACAUCGGAUUGGGGUCCUUAUAUAGUGACCAUUGGUCAGGAUAGUUAUCUGCAUCUUUAUAAUUAUCAUGAGAGGACGUUGAUAUUGAGACAUCGAUUUAACGAACUGGCCAGCCACGUCAUUUGGUUACCAUGUUCUGUGGGACCGACUGGAUCGAUAAUAAUUUGUGCAUUCAAUAGCGGAGUGAUUCGAAUUUUCAACUUGGCUCUAUUUGAUUUUGAAAACAAUGAUGCUGCCAAUGUUAAAUUAAUUCAAGCUUUAAAGCCCCAUACAAUGAAAAUCACUUGCAUGUCGAUAAAUCCAAAUAACAAAUUAUUAGCAACUGCAGGGGAAGAUAAUAUUGUUUUCGUAUUUAAUAUUAAAGUUGAAGAGUCGAGGCCGAAUUUAAUUCCGAUUGGAUAUAUUGAAAUACCUUCACACGUCACUUUUAUGACUUGGAAACCUGAUUAUGCUACAACUUUAUUUAUGGGUUGUUUGUAUGGGGACUGCAUUGAAGUAACUCUUCCAGAAGAGCCACAAACCUAUACUACGAAAUCCUAUAAAUUAGUUGAGUGCAAUCUGAUAAUUUUUAAGUUUCAAUCCGUAAAGUCUUUUAUAAUUAGAGAGCAAGUUCGUGAAAUUGCUGAAAAAGAGAAGCAGCAAAAGCUUGCAGAGAAAAAAGAAGAAUUGAGAAUAAUGAGAGAAGAGAAUCCUGGAAUAGACAUUGAUGAAGAAUUAUUUCUUGAAGAAGGGAUAAAAGAAGAUUUUUCAUUGCCUGAUAUUUACAUUCCUGAAGUACCGAAUGCAGUUUUACUUGCAAUGUACACAACAAGAAAUUCUAUACUAUUGUCAAUGGCUGGGUACGAUGCUGGAUUCAUGUAUGAAUAUACCAAUCCCGAACCCAAUAAUAAAACUGUACACAUUAAUAGUUACUUAAUCGAUGAUGGCAAUGACGAUGAGAUUCGAUCAUUUUUAUAUUUUCAAAAUCGAAAAUACGUGAUUUUUGGAAUGGAACACGGUGAGAUACGCGUCUGUAAAGUUAAUCCAGAGAACGUUACAGAUUUUUCUAAUUAUUGGGUUUUACCAAUGCAUGAUAAUUUUAAUGGUAUUAUAUCAAGUAUUUGCUUAAGUUACGAUCAGACAACGCUAAUAACUUGUGGUCACGAUGGCAAUAUUUUUUCUUACUACAUCAAUGAUGACUCCCCUGCUCCAGAAAUUGACAUUCCCGUUGUAAAGCCAGCGAGCGAAUUAUUUGUAACUGAUGUAGCGGAUAUAGAGGAUUUAGAUUAUCUAAGUUUAGAAGACGAAAUCGUACUAAUAGAAAAGAAUCGAAUAUUGGCUAAUGCUAAAGAAAAUAAAACCAAAACCUAUGCGAUGCUUCAUGAAUUAAAUGAAAAAUAUAAUUCAGUUUUGAAAAAAAACAACGCUUUACCAUUAUCCCAGAGGCUUACCGAUGAAGAAUUGCAACUUGAUCCAAGAGUUAUACAGAAUUUAAAUGUUCAUCUAGAUAAUGAAAUGGAUCUUGUUUAUAAAAAAUUAGAGCAUAACGUAGAAAAACAUAAACUUAAAUUGAAAAAGCUGAUGGAUCAUUUUAUCGAGCCAAUUACUUGUUUGCCCUUUGCCGUACAAAAGAUAUUAAAGCCAGAUACGAUGGUUCACUCUUUACGUGAAUUAAAGUUAACUGAAGCAUAUUUAAUCGAUCGGCAAUAUAUUCCAAAGGAGGAGGAAAGUAUUGCAGUACAUAAGACCGAAACAUUAGAUUUUCAAUCAGAGAUAGAUGCAACUAAAUUUUCAAGAUCCGUGAUGAACGAAGAAUUAUAUAAUGAUAAAGGAGCGAUGAUAACAGAAAGCUUCUUAAAGGAUUUAAGCCCGCGGACAAUUCAAUUUCAUCUUACCGAUGAGAUUAAUCAAUUGUUAAAGAAAUAUCGAUGUUUGAAAAAAAAAUUAAAAGAGGAAGAAGAAGAGUGGAAAGUUUUAGAAGCGCAAAAGCCCAAUUUAACAGCAAUGAAUCCAGAGGAUGAAAGUGUGAUUGAACAUGUGAAAAGGACAAUAGGCGAUUUUAAGCUUAAGUCAUCGUUAAAUUUCGAUAACAUGAGUUUAAACUUUCCGACAAUUUCGAGUAAAUCAGUCCAAAUAAUCGAUUAUAGAAGAAAGAUUCAUUUUCGACGUGAAAAUUUCAAUAAUAGACUCAAAGAUUUAAGAACGAAGAAAAUUGAAUUACGGGCUGAGGUUAAGAAAUUAACAAUAAUAUUGAACAAUAUUCAUCUUGAAAUACCUGAAAAUGCACAAAAACCUGUACCAAAUUUGCCAGAGAUCGAUGAGGAUGUGGAAUUUCCAGAACACAAUUUAAAGCUGGAAACCUAUGUUUUAAUGGAGGAUCGCGUGAAAGAAACAAAAAUGAAAAAACAAACAAAUAUUUCAGCUUUACCUGUGCACGACAUGGAUGAAGAAUAUGAGGUACUUUUAUUAGAUCCUUUGCAAUCAGAAAGUACGCAGAAUGGAAUAAAUUAUAACACUAAUGCAAAAAUACGAGCAGUUCGCAAUACUGUACCGGCAAAUGUCUUAGCUGCAAUUGAAGAAGCUGAAAAAGUUGAUAGUAAAUUGGAGCGUGAAAUGAAACGUGCACGCGUAGUAAAAAAAAUUUACGAGCAAGAUCAGAUACUGAAUCAUGUCUAUAAAAGUUAUAAAUCAUUUGAUAAGGAGCUCGAUAAGCUCGAAAAAGAGAGAUUUGAAAUUGUUUAUGAGACGAUUUACGUAAAUUUGUUCAUAUUGACGAUCCAUCAGGAAUUGAUUGUCCUUAGAAAGUUUGAGAAAAUGGAAAUGGAGCUCAACGAAAUUAUCAAUAGCAAUCAGAAGGCUAAGAUUAAGGAAGUUAGUUGUAUUAAUAAUUUUAUUAGUAAAGUCGAAGACAAAACUUUCAAGAUUUCAAAAAUUCAGGAAAAAAUAAACGAGAAUUCAACGCGAUAUAUAAAUUCAAUAAAGAAUAAUAAAUAUUAUCGUUUUUUAAAGAAGAUUUGUCAAAAGAAGUACAAAACCCAUUCAGCGGAAGCCGAUGCUUCGUCGGAGUCGGAGUCAUCAAUGAGCAUCAGCAGUUCGGACGAUGAUAUGGGAAAGGAUAGCGACGCGAGCGACAACCUAGAAACGAUCCACUUGGAUGAGAAUAUUUGCCCACCGGAAUGCAAUAGGCAACUUUACGACGAGGCCUUCAUUUUGCGCGAAAUGAGAUACGAAAUGGAAUCUCGCAUUCAUUCCAAGCAAUCGCUGAUCAAUAAUUGGAAACAGAAGAUCGAUGUUCAUCGUAAACGUUUGAAGAUGAUCGAUGUUGAGCUGCAGGAGAAUCGCGAUAAAUUGCAAUUACUGUUGACCGACAAACAGAACCAGUUGAACGACAUUGAUAUCACGGUUAUACUAAAGUUGCAUCAACUUCAAUGCUUUACCGAGGGAGAUAAGCCUGAAAAUAUUCAAAAUUGUAUAAUUUUUGACAAAAAUCGAUUAUCUCAAUUAUAUGCAAGAGUAGGUCAACUUGAGAAUGAGACAGCUGAACAGAUGACGAAAUAUAAAAACGAUAAGAUACAUCUGCGUAAAAUAAAAGUCAGCUGUGAAUUAAUGAAAGAAGAAAUAGAUAAAUUGAAAAGGAAAAUUAAAAAAAAAAUGCAACAGAAAUUCGGUCAACAAAUAUCAUUGGUGACGUUGUACGAAGCCGUUUUACGAAGACUGAUUGAUGAUAUUAAAGCAAAUACCAGCUCUCUAGUCAAAUUUUACGAUAAUAAAAUAAAAAGUAUUAAGAACGAAUAUACGAAGAAGCUUGAAGUAUUGAAGGAUUUGAUUAAAGAUAAUACAGAGAAAUUGAGUAUCUUGACUGUUCUAGAAGAGGAGUUGCUGAAAUUGCGUAAAACGCUGAACGUUAAGCUAAUGUCCGAGGAAGAGAUUAAUAAGUUAGAAUUGGAGUAUAAGUCUGAGUUAGGCAAACUCAAACGUAUAUUAAAAGAGCAGGAAAAGCAUAUGGAUUGCGUUUCCAGAGACAUAAUAUUUUUAUCCAAUAAAUCUAAACAUUUAUUACCAAUCGAGGAAUUAAAAUUAGACAUUGAUAAAGAAAAUCGCAGGGCUGCAUCGCCAUUGCUCGACGGGGAAGAACAAGAUUUGAUAAAUCAUGCAGGUAUUCUCUCUCGAGGUGAAAUGUCCGUUAGUAAAUCAAGUGACUCUUCCAUAGACGAUAACAGUGAAUAUAAAAAAGUUAUUGCUGUGCGUCAUAUGUUAUCACAUAUUACGGCUAUAAAGGAAACGGAUACUACAGAGACAAUCGAUCAGAUGUUAACGGAAGUCACAGACAAUUUAAAUGAUAUUAAAACUCGGGAGGAGAAACUAGAGAGAGAUGAUAAUGAAAUAAUAGAAAUAUCCGAUGAAGAAGAAGGAUGCUCUGAAAUAUCGAGCAAAGACGAUAUUGACGAUCUCGCUGACAUCACUAAUAAGUACAUAAACAAGAACGUCGAAUCAAUGGAAGGCUCAUUUGUACAAGAGAUAGAGCCCGACAUUCGCAAUAGAUUAGACGAGUUGUUUUUAAAUAUAGGAAUUGAAGAUAAUAGUGGAGAAAUAUCACAUAACUUAAUACAUAAACUAAGAGUAACCGAAGACAUCGAUUGUGCGAUAAAUUAUAUUCUAGAUAAACUACCCUCGGAUAUUGAUGAUGAAAAGAGAUCAACAUAUUGUAAACGUAUUAAGCCAUUUUUAAUAAAUAUAAUGAAACUUAUUGAAAUUAAGAAUUUUGAAGCUAUAGAGAAUCAGGAAGGCGAUUUUUAA